GUGGCUGCCGCAGCAGCAGAAAGAAGGCUGUUCCUUGCCCAGGCCAGAAGGGGCUGCUGCAUGUCCUAGCAGGAGUACCUGCUUCGUCCUUGCUUGGUGGUUCUUAGCCGGCCGGCCGGCCGAGCCAGCGCUCCAUUCGCCUGCCGCUUGUUCCCGUUUUGCACUGCGCCCACCCGCUAUGUUUGACUACGACCAGGUCACCGCCUUCCUGGGCGAAUGGGGGCCCUUCCAGCGCCUCAUCUUCUUCCUGCUCAGCGCCAGCAUCAUCCCUAACGGCUUCAGUGGACUUUCCGCCGUCUUCUUGGCCGGCACCCCCGAGCACCGUUGCCUGGUGCCCGGCGACGCCAACCUGAGCGCCGAGUGGCUCAACGCCAGCAUCCCCCUGGAGGUGCGCCGCGGGCGGCAGGUGCCCAGCCGCUGCCGCCGCUACCGCCUCGAGGCCCUGCGCAACUUCUCCGCCGCGAACCUGGAGCCCGGCCGGGACGUCAACCUCAGCCAGGUGGAGCAGGAGAAGUGCCUGGACGGCUGGGAGUACAGCCGAGACCCCUACACCUCCACCAUCGUCAGCGAGUGGGAUCUUGUCUGUGACAACGACUGGAAAUCACCCCUAACUACCUCUUUGUUCUUUGUGGGUGUACUGAUUGGAUCCUUCAUAUCUGGACAGCUGUCAGACAGGUUUGGUAGGAAGAACGUGCUGUUUAUAACGAUGGGGGUCCAGACUGGCUUUAGCUUCCUCCAGGUCUUCUCAACAAGCUGGGAGAUGUUUUCCAUCCUCUUUCUCAUCGUUGGAUUGGGGCAGAUCUCUAAUUACGUGGCAGCAUUUGUACUUGGCACAGAAAUCCUUGGCAAAUCAGUCCGAAUUAUAUACUGCACAUUAGGCGUUUGCAUAUUUUAUGCAUUUGGCUACAUGUUGCUGCCGCUGUGUGCUUACUUCAUCAGAGGCUGGCGGAUGCUGCUAGUGGCUCUUACUUUACCUGGGCUGCUAUACAUUCCACUGUGGUGGUUCAUUCCAGAAUCCCCUCGGUGGCUGCUCUCUCAGGGAAGGAUUCAGGAAGCAGAAGACAUCGUUCAGAGGGCUGCAGCUAAGAACCAUGUGACAGCUCCAGCGGUAAUAUUUGAUCCUAUUGAGCUACAAGAAUUGAAAUCCCACAUCCAGAAGUCAUACAGCAUUUUGGACAUAGUGAGGACUCAAAAUAUACGUUCUGUCACUAUCAUGUGUGUAAUUUUAUGGAUGGUCAUUUCCAUAGGCUACUUUGGCCUCUCUCUGGACACUCCUAACUUGCACGGAAACAUCUAUGUCAAUUGCUUCCUUUCGGCAGUAAUCGAAGUCCCAGCUUACACCAUGUCUUGGCUGCUUCUCCAGUAUCUGCCUCGGCGAUAUUCAAUGGCAGGAGUCUUGUUCUUAGGAGGCUGUGUCCUUCUCUUCAUUCAGUUGGUGCCUACAUAUCUCAAUGUACUGUCCAUUAUCCUGGUGAUGACUGGAAAGUUUGGGAUCACAUCCUCCUUCUCAAUGGUUUAUGUGUACACUGCUGAGCUCUAUCCAACAGUUGUAAGAAACAUGGGAGUUGGUGCUUGUUCAAUGGCCUCCAGAUUUGGCAGUAUUCUCUCACCUUACUUUGUAUAUCUUGGUGCCUAUGAUAGAUUUCUUCCCUACAUUUUAAUGGGGAGCUUGACAGUGCUUGCAGGAAUCCUGACCCUGUUUCUCCCGGAAACCUAUGGCACACCUCUCCCAGAUACUAUUGAAGAUAUGCUAAGGGUUAAAGGAAUUAAAAACAGAAAUACAUCUAAAAGCCAAACAAGUACGACAAAUGAAGAAGAAAAUCCAGUGAUUCUGAAGGCCGCAUCUUUCUGAUGAAACUGCAUUACAUACUAUAGUAUGAACUAAAAAGUGCCCAGAUGGAUCCUUUAAUUUACUUCCAGAAAGGACUAAUGGAAACACUUUUUCCUCUAAUGAUGAACUUAUUUAUUAAACAUACAUUCAUUUUUGUGAGUGUAUAUACUGUAUAUUCCACUGUGGGAUCUCUGUGAGCAACUGUGUAAGCUACAUGGAACAAUGUCAGGGGAACCUGUUUGUCUUUAGGACUGUUGACAAAUACCCCUUUUAUAAGAUCAAGUUUUUUAAAGAUGCUUAAAGAUGCAAACUCCUAUUCAGUGUACACUGGCAAAAGGUGAAAAUGUUCUGAAGUUCAAAUAUUGUCACGUGUCACCGCCCAACUUGGGAUGCUGCUUCUGUUUGUUCAGAAAACCUGAAGCUUGAAAUGGUGUGAAUAACAUCAAGAUUAGCACACAUGAAAUAAAUACUAUACAAAUGAUUUUAAGCAAUAAAAUCAGAAGAAAUUGAUGCUGAAUCUUUUUAUCAACAUUUGAUGUAGAAAUGGAGAGAGGGAGAGUUUUCAUGUGUAAGACAUUGGCAGAAUAGUUUUGUUUGCAAAACUACUUAUUUCAGAUGUAGUUUUAAAUAAUCACUACUAGGUUCAGUUGUUUACGUCUGGAAAUGAUGUUUUGCCUUAUUUAGGCAUUUAUUUUUUAAAGAACAAUAAGUUCUUUAGCAUCUGAAACUCUUCCUUUUACUUUCAAUAUUCCAUAAGCUGAUUUCCCCUAAGUUGCCUCUAACUCUGAGAUAUAGUGCAAGCUAAUACAUACCUGUAGUUCAAAAUUCUCUAGUCUUUACCCAACUCUGCCUGAAAUACUUUGAAGUACAUACUAUCUAAAUAAAGCUACUUUAGAAUACAGAAAUUGUUCUGUUAACUAAAUGUGAUUCCUUCAAUUUGCCUAAGGUCCUGCUGCCUUUCGAGUAAGCACAGCGUUCACUAUUUUAAAGGAGUAUCAUGAAUUAUAAAAACAAGUCUCAUGCCUUAGCGAAUCUACCAAGAAGCACUGUUCACUUAUGCUGGGAGCUAUCUUGAUCACAUUUGUUACUCUUUCCUUUAAACCCAGACUCUAAUUUGCACAUUUAAUUAUAUUGUGAUAAGAGUUAAAAUUAUAUUUUUGUGAUCCAUAAUGGGUGCAUUUUAAAAUAGUUUAAAAAUGCAAAGUAACAUCAGAUUGUAUUUUAAUAAUUUGUUACCUGCCUUGGAGGUUUUUAAUGACAGGUGAUACAUAAAUAUCUUAAAAUAAAUAAAAUAACUUUGUUUUAUAUCCAGAGUUGCUAGAAAGCUUUUCUGUUGACACACCUGCUUGCAAACAUUCCAGAAAUCAGGGUAUUACAUGAAAAUCGUCAUCACCACGUAAACCUAGCACUCCUUCCCAUUACCCUGCUGAGUGCUGCUGUCUCCAGUUUUUAUUGAUCCCAAACGAUAAUAAAGGAUAUCAGUCCAGUAAGUGCUUGUUAGUACCUUCAAUAGAAAGUUGGGUUUACAUAUUUAAAAUAAAUGGUGGGAGUAGGCAGGACUGUAGAUUUCCCUGUACUCAAGUUUCUAAAUCCAGUUCGUUAGAAACUGAUAUUCUUGUCCCAGCAAGGGAAACUUCUCUAUCUAUGGGUUACUGUGGUAAUAGCAUUUGCAUUAAUGUUGAAGGGAUCUUCUAGAUGGUGCUCAUGGCAUCACUGCAUGGCAGUGAUGUUCACUUAUCUGCACUAUCUUGAAAGUUCAAUAGCAACUCUAUAGUCAGUGAGAGGGCCAUAGUAUACUGUGGAGUCCUCCAGUUAAUUGUAGACACAACUAUGACCUCUGGAGGGGAAAGUCCAAGGAGGUAUUUCCCACCCACCUCUUAGAACCACCACAGAAAGCUCUGCGGCAGCUCCUUUCCAGAGUUUGCUGUUGUGACCCUGAAGAGGGUCAGGAAGGGAGGAGAGGGAGAGUGGGCGUGAAGGGGAGGAUCUGCUCAACCCACAAACCUCUGUCACCUUCCCUGUCCACUGAGAGGUAAGAAAGUGAGAUGGGCUCAGAGGCUGCGUGCCUAAAAAGUGUUCUUGAGAUUAUGGGGGCUUUAUAUGAAAGUCAUAUUUUCAUCAAAUAUCUCUGUUCAAAUAUUCAAUGUUGAUUUUGAAAUAGUUUGUAAAGGAAAUAUUUUCAUAUUGAUGGGAUGC